AAAAAAAAAACAAUAACCUAUAAAGAUAGACAGCAAGAGAAGUUGUGAAUUGAGAGACUAAGGAUGACACUGAACUGUGUUAGAGUGACAGCCACAUCCAUGGCUGUUCCUUCUUCACUGAUGAUUACAACAACACCAAGAAGAAGACUCAUAUGCUUCUGCUCUUCUUCUUCUUCUUCUUCUUCUUCAACAACCAUCAAUACAGAGCAACUACGUUCUCAACUUGAUCAUCUCCAUGCGGAAGCAGACACCACCAGAACCAAGGCAAAUAGUGCUAGAAUGAGGCUCCUAAGGUUAUCAGAGUCAGCAGAGAAGCUUCAAAAACAAGCAGCUCUAAGCAUGCAGAAGGGGGAUGAAAAUUACGCAAGGGAUAUGCUUUUACAAAGGAAAAAGGUGUUGCAGGCUUUGGAGAAGUCUAAAAGCCGCAUUGAAUUGCUUGACGAGCUUUCCACAAAGCUAAGUGAGGCAAUAUCUUUGAAAGAAAGUCAGCUUGUUGGAAAUGUCACUACGAACAUUGAAGACACGACAGAAGAUGCUUCAAGUCCAGUUCGAAUCAUUGCUCCAAAGGAGGAAGUUCUAAAAGAUUCUCCCGGAGAUGAUUUUGACUCUAAUAAGAUUAAAUUCGGCGAUAGUCAAGAUGUGCAAAUUUUUUCGGAAAGUCAAGAGAAUCUGUCGGAUGAUAAGGAGACAGAGAAGCUUCUAGGAUCCCUUAGCACCGACAUUGGGAAUGAAAAUAACAUACCGAGCAGCUUGUCGCAAAUAUCCUCUUAUGAGGAAUUCAUUGAACGUAUAGAUCAGAAGCUCCGUGAGAUUGAAACUGAACUAGUUUCUGUUUUGAAUGUCUCAAUUUUAGUAUUGGAUAGUGAAGAGAGACCAAAGAAUUCAAGGUGGCAACAAAUAAUGGAACUCCUUGAGAGCAUCCAUGGCAUUAGACAGAGGAUCAGAAGUGCCAAGGAAGCAAAAGUGAGGAUAUGAAUCAAUUUUGCUUUGCUCAACUAAGCUUCUUCUGCCAGGUGAACGAACUCGAAUCAUAAAAUAAUCUACCACAAUUUUCUUGUAGCCAACAAUUUAUGUGGGAAUAGGAAAGAUACAUUUGAGAUUCUUGUAGUUAGUCGAGUUCAAUGCAAAUAAGUAUAGAUGUAUCGAUUCACUCCUAGUGGCCUAGUGCUUCAAACAUGCGAUCAUUUGUUUGGUCAUACAGGAGCAGCUUAUUAGGACAAAUUCCCUAAGGAUGGUUUAGUAAACUUUAUUCGAGUUCGUAAGUAUGACUUCCAAGAUUCACACACAUUUGCUUCUUCUUGCAAUACCAUAAAUUUCACUAUCA